UCUCACGUCAUAUUCACGCGACACCGAAGAGCGACGAACCAUCACUGUAGGGCAUUUUUUGCCAUCAGAAAAAAUAAAAUAAAAUAAAAUAAAUAACGACAUAGAAAAUCCUUGAAGAGGGCACCACUGGUGCGACCGGGUUCGGCAGGAGCCGGCAAACAGCGACAUUUGUUCCGCUCGCUUUGUUAUGAACUCAAACGACUCCCAUAAUGUUUUUGCGUUUUUCUCUGCUGCUGUGCGAAAGAGGAGCUGCGAAACGGUGCGCGUCGUCACUGGUCGGUGAAAACGUUCUUCCGCCCAACUUGCUGCUUCCCGCCAACCUGCGAGAUCCGCCCAAAACCAGACGCCCGCCGCCCCCCCUGGACUCCCCGUUGCCCCUCCUGAGGUCUUGCGACGCUGACCUUCCUGCUCACCGGAGUGCCGUGCGGGUGUGGGUGGACGCGCUACAGGGACGGAGCGCCGACCCGUUGGGCGUGGCCGAGCUGCAUCCCGACGUGUUCGCCGUCCCUCCCAGACUGGACAUCCUGCACAGCGUGGAGGUGUGGCAGAGGAACUACAAACGCAUCAGUCACGCCCAUACCAAGGUGAGGUCUGAGGUGCGAGGCGGCGGCCGCAAACCGUGGAACCAGAAGGGAGGGGGCCGCGCUCGCCAUGGCAGCAUACGCUCGCCGUUGUGGAGGGGAGGGGGCGUGUCCCACGGCCCCCGGGGGCCCACCAGCUACUACUAUAUGCUUCCCAUGAAGGUGCGCGUCCUGGGGCUCAAGGUGGCCCUGAGCUCCAAGGUGGCCCAGGGUUUUCUUCAUGUAGUAGACUCGCUCAACAUCAGGAGUCCGGACUCUCGGGACCUGCUGGACGCCAUUAAACUCAAAAACUGGGAGGAGACGCUGCUCAUUGUCGACGUUGAUGACAACUUUCCCGACAACAUCUUGAAGGCCACGGCCAAUCUCAGGACUGUCAACCUAAUUCCAGCUCUCGGUCUGAAUGUGCACAGCCUUCUGAAGCACGAAGGGGUGGUCCUCACGCUGGAGACGCUGCGCUUCCUGGAGGACAAAUUGCUUUGGCACGACCAACGCUAUACAGCGCUCUACCCUUUUAAAUUGCCAUAUUCUGAUUUACCCUAAAUGCAUGUGUGUGUGUUUGAAUACAAUAAUAGUAACAAUGACAAGGCUUUUUGUGGAAAAAAAAAAAAAAACACAUGGAGAAGGUUGAAAAUUUACUUUUUUUUUUUUCCUGAAUGUUGUUGUUCCUGUUUUAUCAAUUAUGCUGUCAC